UGCGCGUGCGCAGUAGCCAUCGAGGAGUUCGAGUUUGUAAACAAUGAUGGCGAGGGAAUUUGUGCUGUAUAUGGCGUCCUAAUGGGUGAAGGGGAAGGUGACAUGAAAGAAAUGGUUGGAGGCUGCUGUGUCUGCUCCGACGAGAGCGGUUGGGACGAAAACCCUCUGGUUUAUUGCGACGGCGAUGGCUGCAAUGUGGCGGUGCAUCAAGCGUGUUACGGAAUCGUGUCGGUACCACCGGGACCGUGGUUCUGCCGCAAGUGCGAGUCCCAGGAGCGGGCGGCGCGUGUGCGCUGCGAGCUGUGCCCGAGCAAGGGCGGCGCCCUGAAGCGGACCGACACCAGCGGCUGGGCGCACGUGGUGUGUGCGCUGUACAUCCCCGAGGUGCGGUUCGGAGAUGUGGCCACCAUGGAGCCCAUCCUGGUCUCCAUCGUGCCGCCCGACAGAUUCAGCAAGUCGUGCUACCUGUGCGAGCUGAACGGACGGGCGAGCAAGGCGCAGAUGGGAGCCUGUAUGAGCUGUAACAAACCCGGCUGCAGGAUGAACUUCCACGUGACGUGCGCUCAGGGCCACGGCCUGCUCUGUGAAGAGCAGGUGCAGAGCAUGAACAACGUCACGUACUGCGGGUACUGCCAACACCAUUACGCCAAGCUGAAGCGCGGUCACAACGUGAAGCCUAUACCUGCCUUCAAGUCCAGCCACGACGUGACCUCCUCAGAGCCAUCUUCAGGCAAGUCUGCUCCGCUGCCACUGCCGCCCUCCGACCCGGCGCGCACCGAACGACGUAAGCGGCCCAAGGCGUCCCGCUCGCCGCGGGCGUCGGCCACCGCGCUGCCCGCGCCGCCGUCCGCCCUCAACGAGAGCUCCUGCUCGAGUCUGGCCAGUGACGCUCCGGUGGCCGAGGAGCGGCGAGAGAGGAGCGAGAGGACAGAGCGCACCGAGAGGGGCGACCGGUCAGAGCGCUCGGAGAAGGCAGAGAAGAAGGAGGAGCGCAUCGAGAGGACAGAGCGGACGGAGAAGGCGGAACGGGGCGAGAGGACGGAGCGUUCUGAGAAGGCAGAGCGAACCGAUCGGUCAGAACGUUCGGAUAAGGUGGAACGAGCUGACAGAACGGAGAGAGCCGAGAAGACUGAGCGAUCCGACAGAUCGGAAAGAACCGAGAAAACGGAUCGUGGAGAUAGAAUAGAAAGACAAGACCGGGCGGAACGACAGGAGCGGCAGGAGAGGCAUGAGCGGCAGGACCGACAGGAACGGCAGGAGCGGCAGGACCGACAGGAGCGGCAGGAGCGGCAGGACCGACCAGAGAGGCAGGAGCGGCAGGAGCGGCAGGACCGACCAGAGAGGCAGGAGCGGCAGGACCGGGUAGAGAGACAGGAACGGCAGGACCGGGUAGAGAGACAGGAACGGCAGGAGCGGCAAGACAGGUCAGAAAGGCAAGACCGACAAGACAGACCAGACAGGCCAGAGAGGCAGGAACGGCAGGACCGCCCUGACCGGCCUGAGAGGUCAGACCGGGAGCGAACGGAGCGCCCUCCACCGGCCGCGUUGCCGGCAGAGACGGGCGACCGGACACCUCCCGAGUCCUCAGCCGACACCAAGUUCACCACGGCCAACUUCACGGAGACGGUGGUGACGCCGAGUGGCUCGGUGUUCGUCAGUGACCGUUCCUGUCGUCCGCAGGAGGCGGCCCUGGUGAUCAAACAGGAGCCGCGCGACUCAGAGCCAGUACCGACCGUCAGCCAGUCCGUGCCGUCCCCGGCCCCGUGCCCGGCCCCGGCCCCGGCGCCCGUGCCCUCUCCGGCGAUGAGUCCCCAGCAGAUGGCCAAGACCAAGCGCGCGCUCUCCACCGCCGCUGCCGACAAGGAGCCUCGCAAACGGAAACCGCCGGGCCGGCCGCCGGCGCCGCCGCCGGAGCGCGAGGCAGCCACCCCGGACUCGGUGGGUGCACGGGAGGCGGCGCUGGGCCGCGCAGAGGUGUCCCCGGGCGCUGCGCCGCCGCUGCCGCCGCCGCCCCCGCCGGCGCGCGGCCGGACCAGUGGAGAGUUCAGCGCCCCGGUGUCUGUCAACGGAAGGAGAAACAGCGGCGGCAGCGGGCUGCCGGCUCGUACCAACGGUCUGCCGGCCGCCGCCCACAUGCUCGGUAACCAGCUGAACCCGGCCUCGCUGAUGGCGCCCAAGCUGUCUGACUCGCUGGCAGCUGAGCUGGCCGAGCAGGCCGGCUACCUGGAGCCGCCCGGCCGGCUGGUGGGACCGCCGCUGCCCGGACGGCCGGCGGCCGCCAGCGCCGGGGCGGCACCGCUCCCCAGCAGACCGGGUGCGCCGCCGUUCCCUCAGUCGCUGAGUGAGCUGCUGGAGCGCCAGUGGGAGCAGGGCAGCCACUUCCUCAUGGAGCAGUCGCAGCACUUUGACGUGGCCGCUCUGCUCAGCUGCCUGUACCAGCUGCGGCAGGAAAAUGAACAGCUGGAAGAGCACAUGAGUGAGCUGUCGCAGCGUCGCGACCACCUACUGGCGGUGAACGCGCGUCUGUCUCAGCCGCUGGAGUCGGCGCCGCCGCUACCGACGGCCGCCCGACCUCCCUCCUCCGUGGCUGCCGCCGCCGUCGCGCGGGCUCACUACGGUUCAGUCGGUCCGCUGGGCCACCACUCUGGCUCGCCGCGGCCGCCGCUGGAGAACGGCGUCGGUGACGGCGGCGGCCGGCCGGCGCCGCCGUCUCCUCUCCAGCUGCACUCGCCGCUGGGCGGCGGCGGCCGGCCACCCGUGGGCCGCCAGCCGCCGCCGGCCAGCCCGCUCGGCUCCAGCCGCCGGUCGCCCACCGUCCGCUCCGCUGUGUCGGCGCCCUACCCUCUGCCGGGCGCCUGCUCGGCCUCGGCCAGCUCUGCCUCGCUGCAGGGCCUGUCGGGCCUCUCCGGACCGCUGCAGGUGAACACAGCUCUGGCCGGCCGGCCGCCGCUGGCUCACCAGACGGCGGCGGCGGCGGCGGCCGACCGCGACCAUCGGCUCAUGGAGUCGCUGCGCGUGUCGGCGGCCACCGGCGGCGGCGGCUACCCGCAGUACCAGCUGGUGUCCCCGCCGGGCGCCGGGCCGGCCGGGCCGCCGCUCCAUCACGUGGUACACAUGCCACCGCCGGCCGGACGCGCGCCACGCGGCGCCAGCGCCGACAAGAGAUGACACAAGGCGGCGCCCAAGUUUCGAUGGUUCUACGAGUAGGCAGCGCCGCGGGCGGUAGGCGCGACGGCUGAAGUUUCGGCCGCCGCCGUCGGGCGGCGCUGCUGUCGGAUGUCCGGCCACUCUCGGCUGGUAUGUACAAAUAAUCAACGGCGGUGUUUUUGUCUUUGUGUCUGACGGCGUCCUUUAUACGCCGGGCUGCCUGUGUGUAACAGCGCGGGUGCGUUUCGUGACUGGUGCGGCCGAUUCUUGCCUCUGUAUGCCAGUUGGUACGCGAGUGUGUGCGCGCGCGACUUCUGUGUAUGUGUGUGCGCCGGUGCUGUCCGGUGUGAGGCUGAGUGUCCAAUCAGUACAAAUAUUUUGUGAUGGCCGCCAGACGGCCGUCCUUUUGGCCAGAUCUACUCAGUUUUGGGCCGCUGCCGCCGGCCGACCAAUCAGCUCCGCCGACCGCCGGCCGGCCACCAAUGGGCGUCCGCGUGACCCGGCGGUGCUCCAAUCAGCGGCGGCGGCGGGCGGCAGUCCUCCAAUCAUGUCAGCGGGGUGCCGUCUGGCUCACACAGAGGCUCUGAGAGUGACCGAGGGCCAGUGCGCGGCCAGCUCGGCUCAUAAGAUGGCGUGGAUGGAAUGGGAGGGCGCGAGACAAUGUUCAAAUCAUGGACGCUGCCGAGCGUCAAUUGUGGUCGAUCUCUCACCAGCUUGCGUGCGCGUUUUGUUGCGGGCCCGCGCCGGAGGGCCGGCCGCUGAGUGCGGGCGGACGGACGGACGGGCGGGCCGCGCUCUCCGGGCCGAAUUCACACGUGAUCUUCCUGUGUUGCUUCCAAUGAUGGGCAGCACGGGCCGGCCAGCCGGGCCGCCUUUGAUACCCUCGCUCUUUGUUUUAAUAAAUAGCCCUUGCGGUGUG